AUCUGCUUCAUUUCUUUUCAACAAUGUCUUCUUCAAACCUUGUCUCUUCACUCUAUAUUGUAGCCAUUGCUUUCCUUCUCCAUACAGCUUUUGGAGCUGAUCCUUUAUUUCAUUUUUGUUCAAACCCUGAGAAUUUCACAGCCAAUGGACCCUAUGAAGCAAACUUGAACAAACUCAUAAGCUCCCUCUAUGUUCAAACUCCUCCCACAGGCUUCGGAAUGAGCAAAGUGGGUGACAAACCAGACCAGACAUAUGGGCUGGCUCUUUGUAGAGGUGAUGUUGAAACUUCGGACUGCAAAACCUGCGUUGCUGAUGCAAGCAGUGAGAUUCGCAAGCGUUGUCCAUACAACAAAGCAGCAAUCAUUUGGUAUGAUAACUGUCUUUUCAAGUACUCAGAUGAUGACUUCUUUGGCCAAAUUGACAACAAAAACAAGUUCUAUAUGUGGAACGUAAAAAGUGUAAGCGAUCCAGAGGCUUUCAACCAAAAAACAAAAGAAUUGCUAAGCAAACUGGCUAAAGAUGCUUACGCAACUCCCAAAUUGUAUGCAGUGGGGGAAACGGACCUGAGUGAAUCGGAGAAACUUUAUGGGUUGACUCAAUGCACCAGGGAUCUGUCUAGCACCGAUUGUAAGAAGUGUCUUGACGGCAUAAUUGGUGAACUUCCAAGUUGUUGUGACGGGAAAGAAGGAGGAAGAGUUGUGGGUGGAAGUUGUAACUUCAGAUAUGAGAUAUACCCGUUUGUUAAUGCUUAAAGUUUGACAUCCGGGAUUUAUGGAUCAUCCCUACUAUUUUAUAUCAGAUAAAUAAAUGGUUGCAAAAAGAAACAUCAUAGCCUUAUACUGGGGUGAGAUGAGAUGGACUUGCACCCACUAAUUGUGUCUUUUCUACGUUCCAGUCAUCAAUACAGAUGUUGUUUUAAAUUAUAUGUAUAUAUUAUAUAGUUAAUAUUUCUUGUUGAA